UCAAGCUCAUUGGGAAAAUCAUCCUUUAUUAAUGUUAUUACCAGUCUGAAAGUAUCUUACAUGCUACAGUUAGGCAUUAACGUUUAUAGACGUACAAUUAAUUAUAUUUUACAUAAUAAAUAACCGUGUUGAUGGUGGUAGAGUAUGAAUUUGAUGUAAUGAAGUUUAAUACUGAUUACAGUUGAAAAUAUAUUGUGUGCGUUUCAUUGAAUUCUGAGUAUUAAUCUUGUACGUAUGAUAGUAUUUACGGAUUGAAUAUUUUUAGGACUUUUAUUAUCAGAAUAGCGUUUCAAAUUAUUUCGUGGUAAUCAAGUGUUCGGGUAUGCCCUUUUUCAGUAGUUGCACAUUUUUCGUGUCCUAUAAUAGGACUCCUAUUGCAAUCUAACUGUUAGUACUGAUCGUAGGAGUUUAGAUGCGAGGAUCGGAUGACAAAUUGGUUUGAACCACAAUUAUUAUCGUCAUUGCCGAUAUGUUUUAAAUUUCGCUGAACGGUGUAGUUUUUUUUGCGUGAUUUCCUUUUCUAUGCAAUAUAUGAAGUAAUGAAAUUAUUAAUAUUGUCCGCAUUAAGAGGACAGGACACGAAUGAUAACAUGGAUUUUUUUUUUCAUAAUUAUAGUAAAAAAUAAUACUAAAAUAAUAAUGACGAACGCGUUUGAAUGCCGCGGGAAGAUCUGCAGUCUUCAAAGAUCUUGCCGUUCAGUUGGUCACACCUCCAAAACACGAUUACUGAUAAUCGUGAUAAUAUCAUCCGCUCACUGAUGCUAUAUCAGAUCGAAUAUUCGGUUGUAAUAAUCUAAUAACUAAUAAUAUUGCCCGGUAGUUAGAACUCCAAAUAUUCUUGUCUUGAAUUUGAAUCUCGUUUAAUAUUAAAACUUGAAAAUGUCGAGUAGCGAGAAUACGUCAGGUGGCGUGUUUUUGGUCUCGGUCGUCGGUCAGAUCGAGAAAGGCCACUUUUCAAACUACGACAAUAUGUAUUGCAAAUACGCAUUCGUCUACGGACCUGAUUGGGAAAUCGUCACUGGUAUCGAAGAAGGCAUAUCCCAAAUCGCUAAAAAGAGCCAAGACGAAAGGCAACAGGUCGUAUGGAAUUUUCCAUUAGACGUUUCUUUCAAGAGUACCAAUCCUCACGGGUGGCCACAGUUAAUCAUUAGUGUUUAUGGAUUGGACACUUUUGGGAAUGAUGUUGUGAGAGGCUAUGGAGUAUGUCACCUCCCAGUUGUUAAUGGACAAUCUUCUGAAGAGAUGAUUAUGUUUGUACCUGAAUCCAGUACGACAUUACAAAAACUGACUUCAUGGUUGACUGGUAAAAGACCAGAGUACGUGGACGCGCGGUUAUUAGCCAGGGGCGAUGGCAGGGAAGUGACUAGAGUUAGAAGUCAAGGAUGUGUUUGGAUACAAUUUAAUGUUGUGUUCAAAGACUUUCAUCAUUAUGGAUUUGAGAACGAUAAUAACAGUUAAACAUCUGCUAUCAAUGACAGUCUGUGAAAAAAAAGCCGCCCCAAUCACUGCAAAAAAAUCUACCAAUAUUUUAAUUUUCCUCGUACCAACCUCGUAGUAUGUUCAAACAAUCACUAUAGUUAGAGCUUACCAAACU